AAUUGAGGUGGUCGUUUGCCAAUUCCUUGCAACUACAAUGGAAGCUGAAAGCUCUUUCCCAAUUGCCCCAAGAACACCACAAAUAUUUCUAUGGCACUUAAUCUUGGAACUGCUUCCACUGCUCUACAUCCAAGACCCUUAAUUUCAUCAAAGAUUUCGAAGCACAGAAAUGCCCUGAAGCUCGAGACUCCAUCUCCAUCUUGUCUGAAGACGGCUGCUCUCUCUGAAGGAACUGAGAGUAGAGUGACUGAGGAAGAUCCACCGACUUACUCUGGGUCGUCCUCUUCUGCUCGGAUGCAACUGGAUCUCUUGGAACAACUCACUUCUGGUAGCUCCUCUGAUGAUGGUUACGAGAGUGACGGUACAUAUAGGCCGACGAUACGUGAACAACUUGCAAAUUUAGUUCCGGAUCGUGAUGAUGAUUUCAGCAUUCCGCUAGGUAAAAAUCUGAAGAAGGUGACUGCCAAGUUCUUAACUAUAUCACAGAAGAGAAACAUCCGAAGGCAGGCGUAUUUGAAUGAAGUCUCUAAGAGGAACGACUCGGUUUUCUUUGCUACAAUCGGUGCAUUUGUUCUCCUCCCUCCUCUUGUUAUUUUAGGAAUAGCAAUUGCAACAGGUUAUGUGCAACUUUUUCCAUGAUAACUGCAUCUGUACAUAUUAUAGGAAACAACACUUCUUUGAAUCAGUAUAGUAAACUUUGUUAUCUUCUGAUCAUACAUUCUCAAUAUCAUCAUAUUCCAGCUGAUAAAUACUUUU